AUGCUGGCAGAGCAUAAGAAUAUGCAUCACGAUGAGGAUCAAUUACGUGCCCUCCAGGCUAAAGUAGAAGACCUCACUAUGAAGUACAAUGAGGAAUGUCUUUUUGCUGGUAACCCUAGCCUUUUGGAAAGGUUCAUUAAGAGUGAUUUGCCUAAUGCCCGGGAUUACCUGAAGGGUAAGUAUAAGCUAGAUAAGGUUGAUGAUAACCUUGAUAGGAUUAAGGUCCUUCCCUAUGAUAAGGGUCAAAGAACCCCCCCUGCCGAUGGUUAUAAGGAUUUGCUUAAUGAAGCUGAUAAGGAAUUGAUUAAUUCUUAUGGCUGCCAUGAUAUCGAAGCAAUAUUAAUUCAUAUUUUAAGUUGUUUAUUCAACGUGGAAUCAUCUGUUAGUUGUGCCACUUUGAUCGAAAAGAUUGAGCAUCUUGCGCGUACGCGCACAUAUUGUAUAAUAAAGGCUUAUCCGGUGUCGGUAAAAAGUCCUCAAAUUCUUUCUCUGAGGUUCCUCAGCGUUCAAAACGCGAAAUAUGUUAUCCUUUCGGGACAGCAUUGGUGGAAUUCUUGGUUGAAAGAGAUCUGA